UAUAAAGCCGUUCGUUACGCACUGAAUCAAUUGAUCUCAAGAAUGGCGCAUGUACAGGAGUUCUACAGGACAUUUGCGCUCUACGCACCGCGUUCAGUGCUGCGAUGUCGUCCGAGUGUCACCUUCAGUGUAGGACGUCAUGCUUCAGGAUUGUCCAACAAGCGGAGACAUCCAAAGGGCUUCCAACCACCAACAAGCAAUGAUCUCGAGGAAUUAAGAGAGCGCACUAUCGAAUUCGUGCGUCGAGAAAUUCCACAAGAAGUAGCACAAGCGACAGACCACAAUAAUGAGUUUCCAAACGAGAUGUGGCAGAAGCUCGGUGCCGCUGGAUUUCUUGGUGUCACGGCAGACGAAGAAUAUGGAGGAUUGUCAAUGGGCUAUCAGGCGCACUGUAUAGUCAUGGAGGAACUCAGCAGAGCUUCUGGCAGUAUCGCGCUCUCCUACGCUGCCCAUUCGCAGCUUUGUGUCAAUCAAUUUCAGCUUCACGGAACUGAUGAGCAGAAGGCACAAUAUCUUCCCGGCCUUACAUCCGGCGAGAAGAUUGGAGCAUUGGCCAUGUCAGAACACAGCGCAGGCAGCGAUGUUGUCAAUAUGAAGAUGACGGCGAAGGCCACGGACGGAGGCUAUCUGCUCAAUGGAACCAAGAUGUGGAUUACGAACGGACCCGACGCUCACGUAAUUGUGGUCUAUGCAAAGACCGAGCCCGCUGCUGGCAAGGACGGUAUCACGGCGUUCAUUGUCGAUACCUCUUCGUCUGGCUUCAGCGUGGCUCGCAAGCUCGACAAACUAGGAAUGCGCGGCUCCAACACCGGCGAAUUGAUGUUCGACAAUGUUUUCGUGCCAUCGGAGAAGAUACUGGGACCCGUAAACCGUGGAGUCAAGGUUCUAAUGGAAGGGCUCGAUCUGGAACGACUUGUCCUCUCAGCAGGUCCGUUGGGACUUAUGCAAGCAGCUCUGGACGUGACACUACCCUAUGUCCACGAACGGAAACAAUUCGGGAUUCCUCUCGCGCACAACCAGUUGAUACAGGCAAAGCUGGCGGACAUGUACACCAAAUAUCGUGCGAGUGCUGCAUUCACAUAUAGCGUGGCUCGUGCCAUCGAUGAGAGCCACGAAGAUCCACAGAUCAAGACUCAGGACUGUGCUGGCGCAAUCCUUUUCGCAGCGGAGAGGGCAACGGAAUGCGGCAUGGACGCGAUCCAAUGCCUUGGCGGAAUGGGUUAUAUGAACGAAAUGGCUGCCGGACGUAUCAUGAGAGACGCGAAGCUGUACGAAAUCGGCGCGGGCACGUCAGAAGUAAGACGAUUUGUGAUUGGGAGAGUCUUUAAUCGUGAAUAUGGUCGUUAGUAUUGGUGUAAAAAUGGACUGAAUCUUGUUCACUGCCGGGUGCAUGAAAGAAUAAUGGUCCUUUUUGCAGGCGAUACCGGCCGGAUGAACACGACCAAACAGCAACGUGACCAUUCGCAUACACGGUAGCGCGUCCCUCCAUAAGGCUGAUCACAUGAAGAAUUGUAUGUAGGCUUCGGAGAGAUGAACGGUCGAGCGUAGUUGUUGUUUUUUUCUUCAAGAUUGUAUUGCAAAGUCCUUAGGUAUCUACUAGGUAGGUAUCCAGGAAGUACGUGAAGUGAUGGAUGCCGAUCUGACAUGCCU